GACCCUCUGUUGGUUACAGCCUGUUUGUGUUACUCUUACUGCUACUUACGGUGCACGCAGUGGGGUGGAAGGAAAAGGAAAAGACCUGGGCUUUCUCGCCCCCAGGUAGCAGACACAGAGGCCCAGUAGCAUUCCAGGUACCGGCGUGGGCCUGGGCCUGUUGCCUGCCUGUGUCCCUUCCGAGCAGGCUGCUCACCACCAUGAGGGACCUUGUUCAGUAUGCUGCCUGCUUCUUUGCCUUUUUCUCCACUGGGUUUUUGAUUCUGGCCACCUGGACAGACUGUUGGAUGGUGAAUGCUGAUGACUCUCUGGAGGUGAGCACAAAAUGCCGAGGCCUCUGGUGGGAGUGUGUCACCAAUGCUUUUGACGGCAUUCGUACCUGUGAAGACUACGACUCUAUAUAUGCGGAACACUCCUUGAAGCUGGUGCUCACUCGAGCCUUGAUGAUCACUGCAGAUAUUCUAGCUGGUUUUGGAUUUGUCAUCUUGCUCCUUGGUCUACACUGUGUGAAAUUCCUUCCAGAUGAACCAUACAUUAAGGUCCGCAUCUGCUUUGUUGCUGGAACCACAUUACUAAUAGCAGGUGCUCCAGGAAUCAUUGGUUCUGUGUGGUACGCUGUUGAUGUUUAUGUAGAACGUACCUCUCUGAUUUUUCAUAAUAUAUUUCUUGGCAUCCAAUAUAAAUUUGGUUGGUCAUGUUGGCUUGGAAUGGCUGGGUCUGUAGGUUGCUUUUUGGCUGGAGCUGUCCUCACCUGUGGCUUGUACCUCUUUAAAGAUGUUGGGGCUGAGAGGAGCUACCCUCACUCCACGCGGAAGCCCUAUUCAGCAGCAGGAGUUUCCAUGGCUAAGUCAUACUUGGCGCCUCGGACAGAGACAGCCAAAAUGUAUGCUGUAGACACAAGGGUGUAAAGUGCCCUCCAGCAAUCUGCGUUCACACAGGACUGGUCAGUCAACCAAUAUGUUCAAGUUAAUACGCUGGUGGUCCAAUCCUGGGACAGUUAUUUACACGUUUUCUUCCAUUAAAUUGCUAGUUUACUCCACA